UUGAAAGCGAAUCAAUUUUUUGCAUGUGUACUGCGAUGAGUGUCAGCUAUUUAACUAACCUGCUCGCUAGAUAUCUUUGCAACUACUCAUAAGAAAUUAAGAAGUUGGACUUGAGGGUAAUAUACUGACCGAUGUCUAAGAGAAUAGGGUUACUGCAGCGCCUGCUGUCAACGGAUAUUGGUUAUGACUGAAAACACCACAUUUUAGACGGUGAAACUCGACGUAAAAAAUAAGCGCUGAAACUUUUAAAUAAUAAUCGGAGGAAGCUACACACCACGGAGCCUCCAGAUAUGGAUGGGUUGGAAAAUAGCUUAGACGACGCCUCGGCGGACGGCAGCGCGGAGUUCCCCGACCGGGUGUCGCUGAUGGACCUGCGUCUGCAGGCGCAGGAGGACGAGAUCACCCUGCUGAAGUCGUCCCUGGCCGACGCCCUACGCAGGCUGCGCCUCCACGACGAGCAGAUCCCUCUGCUCAAGCAGCACCUCAUCGCCGUGAACCCAGCCGCGGCCCGUGCACUCAACCAUGUCUGCUGCUCAGAUGGCUUCUCCAGAACCCGCAAGUUCUCCAGCAACUCUGUGACUGACAGCCCCCGUUUCUCGGCAACCAGCCAAGCGGCCCCUCCUGGUGAGGACGGGCUUACGAGGGGCGAGGGGACCCCGUCUGGGCCUCUCAGUCAGAAGGGGGGAAGUUGCACUCAGAGCAGGGCCACCCAGACGGAGUGGGCCCCGGCCGCUCAGCCGCUGGGGAAGGAGAAGGUGCCGCUGGCCCAGACCCGGGCGAUGCUGAGCCUGUCGCUGGAGGACGCGCUCCACGCGGACGCCCCGGCUCAGGAGGAGGCCCCCGAGAAGCUCGGAGGGGUGCAGGAGGGAGAGGAGGGGGCGGAGGGGGAGCCCAGCUUCACCGCUCUGGUGGAAGAGCCCAUCCAGCCCAGCUGCGUCAAGGCGCUGUCGCGGGCCGCGUCCCACCAGGAGAGCUCGCCCCAGCCCGGGAGGGACUCCCCCGAAGUGCAGAGCGAGGCCAGGGCGGGGCCAUCCCCGACGCCCGGAGCCGCCGGCUCCGCCUCCCCCAGCCCCCGCACCCUCUCCUCCAUCCUGGAAGGGGAGAAGACCCUACUGGUCAGGAGGACCAACUCCUGUGAUAAGCUGUUGAAAGACGCCCAGGACAAGCCUCUGAAACAAAAGCUGGGAAGGAAGGCAGCAUCCUCUGCCAACCUGCUCACCCGCUCCACCAGCCUGGAGAACCGAGCCAAGGACCAAAUCUCCAGCCCAGGAUCUACAGGUUCCAGGAGAGGAACUUAUGGACAGGGCCAUUCCAUAAAGAUGUUCAUUCGAGGCCGGCCAAUCACCAUGUAUAUCCCCUCCAACAUCCAGAACUAUGAGGACCUAAAGAUGGAACUGCCAUCUGAAAAGCUGGAGCUUGAUUGGGUCUAUGGUUACCGGGGACGGGACUGCCGGGCCAACCUGUACCUGCUGCCCACGGGGGAGGCGGUGUUCUUCAUCGCCUGCGUGGUGGUCCUGUACGACAUCAACAAGCGCACGCAGCGCCACUACCUCAAGCACACCGACUGCGUGCGCUGUUUGGCCAUUCACCCAGACAGGGUGCGUGUGGCAUCGGGACAGUCGGCCGGAGUGGACAAAGAUGGCAAGGCUUCGCAGGCUUUUGUACAUAUUUGGGACUCCUGCACCCUGGUGACCCUGCAGCAGAUUGGGCUGGGCAGCUUCGAGAGAGGGGUGGGCUCUGUGGCCUUCUCACACGCGGACUCUGGAGCGUUCCUGUGUGUGAUAGACGACUCUAACGAACACAUGAUGUCUGUGUGGGACUGUGCCAAGGGGACUAAACAUGCAGAGAUUAAGAGCACCAAUGAGGCCGUGUUUGCUGUGGAGUUCAACCCCAACGACAGCAACAACAUCAUCACCUCCGGAAAAUCCCACGUGUACUUCUGGACCCUGAGCGGGGGCGCAUUGAGCAAGAAGCAGGGCAUCUUCGGCAAAUACAAGAAGCCCAAAUUUAUCCAGUGCUUCGUGUUCAGCGGGACAGGCGAUGUCCUGACCGGAGAUUCAGAGGGGAACAUCCUGACCUGGGGGAAAUCGGCUGCUGAUGUGAAAACUUUGGGAAAAGGAGCUAAAGAAACCUACCAGAUCAUGCGGCAGACUCGGGCGCACGAGGGCAGUGUCUUUACGCUGUGUGUCCUCCAGGGCGGCGGUAUUCUCAGCGGAGGGGGAAAAGACCGCAGGGUCAUCCGCUGGAGCGUGGAUCUGGCACCAGAGAGAGAGUGUGAGAUCCCAGAACAGUUUGGUGCGGUGCGUACCAUUGCAGAUGUGGACGGGGAGGAGUUGUUAGUUGGUACGACCCGGAACGCAAUUCUGAGGGGCACCUUCUCAGAUGGCUUUGUGGCCAUUGUGCAGGGUCAUAUGGAUGAGAUGUGGGGGCUGGCCACACACCCCUCCCAGAACAUCUUUCUCACCUGUGGCCAUGACAGACAGGUGUGCCUUUGGAACACCGAGGACCAUCGACUGGACUGGACCACCACACUGGAGGAGUCUGGGCUGUGUGCAGAUUUCUGUCCUAACGGCAAUGUGGUUUCUGUGGGGCUCAACACAGGAAGGUGGGUGGUCCUGGACUUGCAGACCAGAGAGGUCGUUUCGGAUUAUACCGAUGGGAACGAGCAGCUGUCCGUCAUGCGAUACUCCCCAGAUGGAAGCUUCUUAGCGGUGGGUUCCCAUGACAACUUCAUCUACAUCUACAAUGUCACAGAGAACGGACGCCGCUACGCGCGCUUCGGAAAGUGCACUGGUCACUCCAGCUUCAUUACGCACUUGGACUGGUCUAAGGACGGGAAAUACAUCAUGUCCAACUCUGGGGACUAUGAGAUACUCUACUGGGAUGUGGCCGGUGGUUGUAAACUGCUGCGGAAUCGCUUCGAGAGUAAAGACCGGGAGUGGGCGUCAUACACCUGCGUGCUGGGCUUCCACGUGAUGGGGGUGUGGCUGGAGGGCUCAGACGGCACGGACAUCAACGCCCUGUGUCGCUCGCACAGUGAAAGAGUGGUGGCGGUGGCCGACGACUUCUGCAAAGUGCACCUGUUCCAGUACCCUUGCCCAAAACCCAAGGCCCCAAGCCACAAGUAUGAGGGCCACGGCAGUCAUGUGACCAACGUGCGCUUCACUCACAACGACAGCCAUCUCAUCUCCAUGGGGGGCAAGGACACCUGUGUGCUGCAGUGGAAGGUCACGCGAGGGGGCGUCGGGGGGACCCUGGAUCGAAGCAGCUCCGUGUCCUCCGCUUCCAUCAGUUCCCAGGAGGCUGCGGCCUAGAGACAGGAGGAACGUGUGUGUUUGUGUUCAUGUGCACGCACACGUGUGUGUGUGUGUGUGUGUCUGUUGGCAUGUGUGUCUGUAAAUUUGUGAGAGUGUGUUCAUGUGUGUAUGUGUUUGCGUGUGUGAGUGUAUGUUUGCGUGUGCAUGCAGUGCAGAAGGCAGACUGAGAGGCAGGAGAAGUUCAGCGCAAGAGACUGACUGAGCAGAAAAAUUACAGAAUUCAAGUUGUGGUGCUGGAAGAACUCUGGGGAAGGAUGAGGUUGGCAUGACAAUGGGAAGGAGGGAAGAAAUUAGAUAAAGAUAAGAGUGCUGAUUUAGCUGGAGGGGGCAAGGAAGAGUGGAAGCAGAGAGAUGUGUGGGAGAAACCGUAUGGAGAAAAUGGAGCGGCCGGACGUCAUCACGACAUGAGAGAGAGAGAGAGAGAGAGAGAGACAGAGAGAGAGAGAGAGAGACAGAGAGAGAGAGAGAGAGAAUAGGCAAAGGAAAGGAAACGGUCCUUGAGUGGGUGAGUAAGUAUCACUUUGGUUUAGCGUUGUGCAGAAUAUCAACUCCACUGAAGGCUCUUCCGACGAUGUACCCGCCAAGAGGGCGCUGUUCUAAUGCCCAACCGUGGCCCGUCUCUGCUGUCUGGGACGCAGCGUGGACCCUGAGACGCGGUGUUGACCCGCACACCACGCCGUGUGUGCACUACCAGGCCUCGGCAUGUCAGCGCUCGCCUUCAGAAACAUCUGGGCUUAUUCCUGCAUUUCAGUUUCCACGGCUCAUCCCUCAGACAUGCAAUCAACAGCGUGAAGAAAAAUCCGGCCAAGACAGAGUUCACCAUCUUUGGCUCGGUAGACCAGCUGUGCAGUGGCCACGUGUCACGCACUAUCAGCCUGUAACCAUUAGGAACAUUUGAAUAGUCACAAACGUAGGAAAAUGGCAAUGGAAAUAGACUUUACUGGAAAACCCAUUACCUGUGCAGCAUGGACCAUAAGUAAAGGUCAGAGACCAAUUCUGGAGACAUUUCUGAAUUUUUAGUGUUCUAUUUGAGUUUCGCUUUAUUUUUCCAAUUCUCCUUAUAACUGUUAUUGUCCAAAAAGGUUGUCCAGCCUAACCCAUCUCGAAUGCUAUAUUUGUACUGUAACUGAGCCGUCUGAUAAGGCUGAUGAGACACUCUACCAUGCAUUGCCAUUGGCGUGGAGUACUUGCAUGCUUUUUUUGUACCUUAUUAGAUAAAAACCGCCGAAUAAUUUGCUGUCGCAUCUGAACAUUUACUUGACGUUAGCGUUUUAAUUCUUCAUGCCAAGAAUUUGUGUCCAAGUGCCUAUUUCUUGUGCUUUUCUGUGAAAAUUUUUAUCCAUCACAUAGAUAAAAGGCAAACCAGAUAUGUCACGUGGAGCAUUGUCAUUGUCUAAAGGACCAAACAUCCUUUGUACAUACUUUUGCAUUUAUACUGACAACGUUCGUUCACUAUAAAACUAAUGUUUGAAAUAUGAGCCUUUUUGUGUCAAUAAACAAUUCAACCUGGAAAAAAUAA